AUGCCGACGUAUUAUGAGCGGCUGGACAAUUUGUUUGCGGUCUACGCUCCCGAGAAGCGGCCACUUGUUGCCGGCAUUCUCCAGAAGUACAGCGGUCGAGAGGAGGAGGUGCUGCAGAGCCUCGUGAGAAAAUUUGGGCCGGAGCCGAGUGAAGCUCUCAACCACACGAAAGGAGGUAAUAGUUAUCGUGAGCGCCUCGUUUGCUUUUACACCAAAUACGCCCCAGGCAAGCUAGUAACCGUGGAUGCAACGUUAGCCAGAUGUGCAGGGCGUGAAGAGGAACUUUUUUCCGCUCUGGUUGAAAAAUAUGGACCAGAGCCGGCCAUUUCUUGCGGUGAUGAGGACUCGAGAAGUGUGGAGAAGAUUUCUGACACGCAAAGUGACCUCAGCCGCACCACCUCCAGCAUGAGUCUCGUGCCGUACAAUGUACAUGAUUUCCGAUGGCGUUUGGCGCGGAUUCUUAUGGAGCACGCUCCGGGGAAGUUGGCAAUUUUGGAUCAAAUGAUGGAGAAGUACGCCGGUCGCGAGGAGGAGAUGCUUGCGGGAUGUGUAGCGCGUUAUGGCCCGGAACCGCUACCACCAGACAUUCAAUCACCGAGAAGCCGUCUGUUACGUUUUAUUGAACACUACGUGCCACGCAAGGCCUCCUCCGUGGAUGUGAUGCUUAAAAAGUACGAUGGACGCACCGAAGCUCUCUUUGCAGCCCUUGUGCAUAAACUCGGCCCAGAACCACCGGCGCCUUCACCGGGUAAUGAACUGAGUAAACCAACUUACCGACAACGACUCAUUCGUUUCUACGAGUUUUAUGCCAGGGAAAGACUUGCUGAUGUGGAUACCAUUCUCCGACGAUACAAUGGGGAUGAGGAGUCAAUGUUCCGUAUCCUUGUAGAAAGGUAUGGACCAGAACCAGAUCCCGCUUUCGAUUCAGAUGCACCCAUCGAACCAGCUACAGACUAUCACACACGACUCACGCGACUCUUUACAAAAUAUGCACCUGAGCGAGUCGAUAGUGUUCCGUAUCUUUUGGCGAAAUACAAGGGCUCUGAAUCUAAUAUUAUUAAGGCUCUUAUUAAAAAACUUGGGCCGGAGCCACCUUUUGAUGCUUCCGGCACUCAAUCUGCGAUGGUUCAUUUGGGCAAUGUGAAUGAGGGACCCGGUAACGGUGUUCCACCUGGCACAAGUGAGUUUCGAGAUGAUGACGGAAAGGAGGGCAGUGAAGUUCAUAGCAAGGCGGAGAAACCAGAGGAGUGGUUGAGGCAUCUCUCGUUGCCCCUGUCAGCGUAUCGUCGGUAUGCUGUUAAUCGCUUAGGCGAAGCUCGUGUUAGUGCGUUAGAGAUUCUUUUUGGUAUUCCUUGUUUGUUAUUUAACGAAAAUGGUGGCGAUGAGAAGGAUGAAAAGCGCUGGGUUAUUGUAAAGGCUGGGAUGGCCUCGGGAAAAAAAUUCGAUGCCGCACAAGAGAGUGAGGAGCUUAAAGAGCCGAUGAUCGCAGAAUGCAUCAGUGCCAACUUUGCAUGUCUUGUGUUGAUCUUGGAAACUGUGAAAUUUCCUCUGCCUGCGGUAUACGAUGAGGGGAAGGUGUUUUCUCUUUAUCCCUUUUGCACUUUACUCGGUGAUCGUGACCGGUUUACCCUGCGGAUCUGUGCGGCAAUUAUGGACCUGCGAAAAAGAGUUGAAGCCGAAGUAGCCUCCCUUUUGCAUGAGGAGGAGGUCUGUCGAGGACUUAUUCAGCGGAUGGAUGGCUGGAAGCAACAACAUAUUAUCCGUUUGAAAGCCAAGGAAGCGUAUAAAGAGCGCCUUGUUCAGAAGUCAAUUGAGCUUCUUCCCGAGUUUGAAGAGAAGGAACGACAGGAUAUCAUUACGGUGGAACAAAUUGAAAUAAAAGGGAAGGCGUUUUGGUUUUAUGAGGGUUUGCAAACUCCAAUGAACACCUGCGAAGAUCUGCAGGUUCCAUACGGCAGGCAAAGGCUGGGAAAUGAGAAGAAAAUGAGUGUGGGAGGCAAACAUGUGGGUUCACCUCCACCCCCUGCGGGUUGUCGUGGCUUUUCUCAGUUGAUUUUUUCUCAUCUUUUACGCGGCCAAAAUCGUGAAAAUUAUGGGUUGAGGUCUUUGCAAUCUUAUAAAAGCUCUGCAGAAGACACGAUGGAUGUUUCUUUGGUGGGCGGGCAGAAAAUGGGGUCGCCUGCCACCGUCACUACUCCUGUCUCAUGGGGCCCGAAACACAGCACUCAAGAGGAAAAUAGCCCAUGCAACCUUUUGGAAGCCUCUCCUCCGCCAAGAAAACCUCGUGGUGCGGUGGAACCCACUGUACGUGUGCUUCGAUUUAGCGGUGAGAGAAUACGUGUGAAUGGGCAGGUCACGCCCGCCGGGAAUAAGGUGGAUAUCACAGGGCGUGACAAGUGGGGUCCAUCUAAGGACGGACGAAUUUCUCAAAUUGCAGCCGUGCCGUGCCGUGACACACGCGAAGCCAUUUUGUUGGGUGAAGAUCCUGGCAAAUUCUGCAAAUCAGGCAACAACUGGUUGGUGUGA